AUGGAAAACAAGUUACACCCGGCCGUCACGGUCUCGAACAUCAAAACUGCUAUACCCGUUACCCUUGAGAUAGAAACCGGCCAUUGGUCUACGUGGUCGGAACUUUUCAAACUACACUACAAAGCCUUGCAAAUAUACGAUCACCUCCUUCCACCCGCUGCUGACACACCCAAGCCUUCAACCGACAAUGACAAAACUACCGGCGACUCUUCUUCUGCCAAAGAAGUCUGGAAGCGUCUUGAUUCCAUAGUCCUCCAAUGGAUUUAUGGAACAAUCUCCCAAGAUCUCGUCCACACAAUUAUCAAGCCCGGUACCACCGCUCAUCAAGCAGGGACUACUCUCGAAAACCUGUUUCAAGACAACAAGAGUGCCCGUGCUCUUCACCUUCGUCAUCGCUUCACCACUACUCGUCUUGAAAAUUUUACUAAUGUCUCUGCCUAUUGCCAGGAGCUGAAAGUUCUGUCCGAUCAGCUUGCGAGUGUCGGCCACCCAGUCGACAAUGAUGCUCUUGUCUUACAACUUAUUGUUGGCCUCACUGAUCAAUACGAAGGAAUUGGCCCGGUCCUUCACGGUCAGGACCCACUGCCAUCGUUCUCUACGGCUCGGUCUAAGCUUUGCAUCGUCGAGUCACACAAGCAGGAGCAAGCCUUACAAGCUGCCAAAACCGCCGGCACUGCCCUCACAACCUCCACUCGAUCAGCCCCCACCACACCAGCCGACUUCUCCUCCUCUUCCGAGCGUGGACCCGGUCGUGGCUGA